AUGACUUCCUCGCGCUCGAACCGUGCCAAUGCUCGUAGGCAGGCGCAAGGUUUGGAGGAGAUCAACCAGGUCCAGAGGGCGAUGGCGUUGUCGAAGGGCGAGACUGCCGCGGCGGAGUUGACGAUCAAGUUUAACCAGCUGCAGACGAGGAAGAAGCACCUACGGUUCGCGCGGUCGCCUAUACACGAUUGGGGGCUGUAUGCGAUGGAGAGGAUCGCGAGGGGGGAGAUGGUCAUUGAGUAUGUGGGAGAGGUGAUUAGGGCGCAGAUUGCGGAUAAGAGGGAGAAGGCGUAUGAGAGGCAGGGGAUUGGGAGCAGUUAUUUGUUUAGGAUUGAUGAGGAUUUGGUGGUGGAUGCUACGAAGAAAGGAAACCUUGGACGGUUAAUUAACCAUUCUUGCGACCCUAACUGUACCGCGAAGAUCAUCACUAUCCUCGGUGAGAAGAAGAUCGUCAUUUAUGCCAAGCAGGACAUCGAGCUGGGCGACGAGAUCACUUAUGACUAUCACUUCCCUAUUGAGCAGGACAAAAUCCCAUGUCUCUGCGGUUCUGCCAGAUGUCGUGGUUACCUCAACUAA